GGGAGCCAGCUUUCCCUUCAGUCUGACCCGCACAGAGGAGAAGAGCUGCUCUGUUCUCUGAUUUUUUAAAAAACAAAAACCCUCUUUUGUUUAUAGAAUUUCAUCUUUAUCAUGAUUUAGAUAGACCCAGGUGUGUCAGGGGCCAUUUUCCCGUCGUUCUGUCUCCUUCUGCUCGGUGGAGACAUCAUGAAAACUGUGGCGCAAAAGAUAUUUUGGCCCCGCAACAAACGUUUGUCCAGGAAAACACCAAAUGAUGCCAUGGAGGCUCAUCCAUCCAACAUUGAGACAGCAGCACAGAUGGACAACAUCCAACACCUGCCCACUCCUCCCUGUGUGGCCAGAGACAGCUCUCACCAUUUGGAGGCAGUCAUGGAGCGGGCCCACCACGGGGGAGGAUGGCUGCUGUCUGGCAUCAUCUGCAUCAACAUCCUGAUCCUGGGCUGCGCCCUGGUCAGUGGCAGCGCCUUCAACAGCGUGGCCAUCACUGCUGUGCACAGGCAGAUCUUCCUCAUCAUCCUCCUCCUCCUCACGAUGACGUGGAUGCUGUUUUACUCAGCCGUCACCGCUCGAAAGGAUCAGGCGAUCUUGUUCAAAGAUAGCCACGCAGGGCCCGUGUGGCUCCGAGCUGGACUUCUGCUGUUCGGGAUUCUCAGUCUCAUCAUGGACAUCUUCAAGAUUGCCACCUACGUGGGCUACCUCCACUGUGACUCUGCUGUUAAAGUCGCCUUCCCUGUCGUGCAGGCUGUAUUUUUGCUCGUCCAGACGUACUUCCUGUGGAUUCAUGCGAAGGACUGUGUGCAGCUACAAACAAAUUUUACAAGGUGUGGGCUCACUCUGAUGCUGUCAACCAACCUGGUGGUGUGGAUGGCAGCUGUGACCGAGGAAUCCAUUCAUCAAACGGAGAUUCCUGAGCUGAACCUCAAUAUCUCACACAAGAUGUACAGAGCCCAGUUUGGCAAUAAGAAGUGCAAAUGCAGCCACUCGGCAUGUGACACCUUCAAGGAGGCCUUCUACUACCUGUACCCCUUCAACAUCGAAUACAGCCUCUUUGCCUCGGCCAUGGCCUACGUCAUGUGGAAAAACGUCGGUCGUCUCGUGGAGGAUCACAGCCACCACAGCGUGAAGUUCCGGCCAAAGGACGUGUGUUUGGGGCCUCUAACGGGAAUCCUCCUGGUGGUGGCGGGACUCGUCACCUUCAUACUGUACGAGGUGUACAUUCUUAAAGAGGACGAGGGGUACAGAAACGACGGCCUGCUGAUUCAUUUCAUCAUGAACAUAGUGAUAGUGAGCAUGAUGUCCCUCUCCACUGUGAUCGGCUGCAUCGUCUACAGGCUGGACCACAGGGAGCACGUGUCGGAGAAGAACCCCACCCGCAGCCUGGACGUGGGGCUGCUGGUCGGCGCCUCCAUGGGACAGUUCAUCAUCAGCUACUUCACCAUUGUGGCCGUGGUGGCAACGGGAGCCAGAGGGCACCUGAACGCCCUCAACCUGUCCUGGGCCGUGUUGACGGUGCUCCAGCUCGGCCUGCAGAACUACUUCAUCAUCGAGGGCCUCCACCGGGAGCCCUACCACGUGAUGCGGGAGGCAGCUCUGCACAGUAACGCCCAUGUUUUGCCAGAGCACACUGAGAUGAGCGUUGUUAUGGACAGCAAUAAGUCCACCUACUUCCUGACUCCAAGUCUCGAUGACAAGCUGAGUUGGAAGAGAAGAGUGCUGAAGGAAGUCUGUGCCUUUCUGCUGCUUGCUAACGUAAUUCUGUGGAUCAUGCCUGCCUUUGGUGCUCGUCCCCAGUUCGAUCAUCCCCUCGAGAUACAUUUUUACAAGUUCUCGAUGUGGGCCGCCAUCGUCAAUAUCGGACUUCCUUUUGGAAUCUUCUACCGCAUGCACUCUGUCGCCAGUCUCUUUGAGGUGUACGUCAUCUCUUAGAUGCACUUAUUGUUAACAUGAGGAGUAAAAAAUUUUAUGCUUAUUUUUAUUAUGAAAUGUUUAAUGUUUUACAUUUUUAACUUAAAAUAAAUGUGAUUUGUUUUCAUGGCUGUUCUAA